AUGUCGGGAAGUAAUUUUAUAGUUUUGCAUGACCAUAUUCUAACUGAAGAAACGUCUCAAAAUAAUGUAAACUUCAUGUUGAGAGAUGCGAGACAACAAAAAAUUAAAUGUACUUCUAGUCAUUCAAAAAU